GACUGACGUCUCUCUCCAAGAGCUCCAUUAUACUUGGUUGUCCGUUUCUCUCUCGGGCCAGUCAGUGGCCUUCACCAAGUUCACAUCCUUAGCUCCCACCCAUUUUAGUCAUCUUCUCGACUUCUAUCUCCUCUCUUUUCUUUUCCCCCCCUUUGUCCAGUUUGCAUGCUCUGCUGUUUGGAUUUGCUAGUUCUCUGCUAAGCUAUGGUGGUCUUCAACGCACUCAUGCGAUCCACUCUCAAUGCUCGGCUUGGAUCAUAUGUGAAGCAUGUUGCUGGCAAGGGACCAUCACAGAGCUACAUUCCAUCAGUGUCUAGAUUGUACAGCAAAGAAGCAUAUUUGAUUAAGGACGAUGUUUCAGAUGGUAGCAAAAGUUUCAAGGGUCAUGAUAUGCUGGCUCCUUUCACGGCUGGGUGGCAGACAACUGAAGCAAACCCUUUGGUCAUUGACAAGUCCGAGGGUUGCUACGUGUAUGAUGCUGAUGGGAAGAAGUACAUCGAUUCUCUUGCCGGUCUCUGGUGUACUGCUUUAGGUGGCAACGAGCCACGUCUUGUUGAAGCUGCAAUGAAGCAACUGAAUACCUUGCCAUUUUACCAUUCGUUUUGGAAUCGUACAACAAAGCCUUCUCUGGAUCUUGCGAAGGAUCUUCUGGAAAUGUUCACUGCAAAUAAAAUGGAAAAAGCUUUCUUCACUAAUGGUGGAUCAGAUGCCAAUGAUACACAGGUGAAGCUGGUGUGGUAUUAUUAUAAUGCUCUUGGGAAACCAGAAAAGAAGAAGUUUAUUGCUCGAAAUAAAUCGUAUCAUGGCUCAACCUUGAUUUCAGCCAGUCUUUCUGGCCUUCCACCUAUGCAUAACAAUUUUGAUCUUCCAGCACCAUUUGUGCUGCACACUGACUGUCCACACUACUGGCGUUUUCAUCUUGAAGGUGAGUCGGAGGAGGAUUUCGCAACCAGAUUAGCCAAGAAUUUAGAAGAGCUAAUCCUGAAAGAGGGACCUGAAACGAUUGCUGCAUUUAUUGCUGAGCCAGUCAUGGGUGCCGGAGGCGUGAUACCCCCUCCUGCAACUUACUUUGAGAAGGUUCAGGCAGUGGUGAAGAAAUAUGAUAUUCUAUUCAUUGCAGAUGAGGUAAUCUGUGCCUUUGGAAGGCUUGGAACAAUGUUCGGGUGUGACAAGUACAACAUCAAACCAGACCUUGUAACUUUGGCUAAGGCUCUUUCGUCAGCAUACAUGCCAAUCGGAGCAGUUCUUGUGAGCCCUGAAAUCAAUGAAGUGAUUUACUCCCAAAGCAACAAACUUGGUACAUUUUCUCAUGGAUUUACUUACUCUGGCCAUCCUGUCGCAUGUGCUGUGGCCAUUGAAGCCCUCAAGAUAUACAAGGAAAGAGAUAUUCCUGGGCAUGUGAGCAGCAUUGCACCAAGGUUCCAAGAUGGUCUUAAAGCCUUCUCUGACAGUCCUAUCAUAGGAGAGAUCCGCGGAACUGGCUUCAUCCUUGGUACUGAGUUCGCCGAUAACAAGUCACCAAACACCCCGUUUCCUGCUGAUUGGGGAGUAGGAGCGUUCUUCGGAGCAGAAUGCCAGAAGCUCGGGAUGUUGGUUCGUAUAGCAGGAGACACCAUCAUGAUGUCUCCACCUCUGAUCAUGGGCACUGAACACGUAGACGAGAUCAUUAGCAAGUACGAGAAGGCGCUGAGAGCCACCGAGGAGAGGGUAAAGGAGCUGAAAUCUAAGCACAGCAAGUGAUAGAUGAUGUCGAAAAAAUUUGUGUUCAGUUCUCUGUCUUCGGAGGUUGUAAAGAGAAGCCUUCUUUUCAGCAUGGUGCAUUGUUAAUAGAUCACAUUGGCAGAAUGAAUAAAGCACAUUAGUAAUUAGUGCUUUAGUGGGAUUAAUCAGCUAUGUUCGGAAUCCUUGAUCAUUAAAGAGUAAUCAAGACGAAUAUAAAUUGCAAUUAGAUUUCUGAAGAACAUUGAACAGUUUUCGUAUUUUCGACGUAAUAGUAACAAACAACAGUUUCUCUGACAUCCGGCCGGUGGCAGCAACGGACGGCGGCAGCGGCCCGGAGCUGAAAGAUGGUUUGUAACCAGCCUCGUCAUUGUGGUCCGAGUCUUUGAACGAUUGUACCGACCGGCCUCUAGGAUCACGGCGAAGCUCACUGCAUAGAAAAUGUCAUGGCAGUGGCGGCGGCGAUUCCCAGCACCGGAACCGGCAUCUGCCAUCCUACUGGCGCAGAAAGGAUGAAGAAUGAAAUAUCGUGUUCUUU